GAAGAAAAAUAUCCAUGCUCGAGUGAUGUCACUUCCUGUUUGUCCAGAGCUACACAGAACCACACUACCAAGGGCAGGGGAUGUUGGGAACUUUCUCGCUAUCACAGGAACAGUGAUAAGAACAACGGUUAUGAAAAUGUUAGAGUACGAGAGAGACUUCCUGUGUACAAAGUGCAGAAAUGUGUGCACUGUGCAAGCAGAUUUAGAGCAGUUUUUCAAUCUUGCCAAACCCAGCAAAUGUUCCAAUGAGACAUGUAACUCCUUCAACUUCACGUCAUUGUCAGACACAGGUGGUCAGCCACAAAAAUGUCGGAACUAUCAGGAGAUCAAGAUCCAGGAACAAGUCCAGCGUUUGGCGGUGGGGACCAUCCCGAGGUCAAUGUGGGUCAUCGUGCUGGACGAUCUGGUGGACGCAUGUAAAGCUGGGGAUGAUGUCAUCGUCUGUGGCACAGUGAGAAGAAGAUGGAGACCUUCAUCCGUUGACUCUAGAUGUGACAUUGAAAUGGUUCUAGAGGCCAACCACAUACUGGUUACUAAUGAACAGAGGAACACAGUGCUGGUCACCCAGGAAUUGAAAUCUGAGAUAAUAAAGUUUUGGGAGGACAACCGACUUGACCCCCUGACCGCCCGGAACCAGAUUCUGUCCAGUCUCUGUCCCCAGGUGUACGGACUGUAUGUGGUCAAACUAGCUGUGGCCCUCGUCCUAGCAGGAGGGGUCCAGCGUAUUGAUGAUUCUGGAACAAGGGUGCGAGGAGAAAUCCACAUGCUGAUGGUGGGAGAUCCAGGUACUGGAAAAUCUCAAUUUUUGAAAUACGCUGCCAAGAUAACCCCAAGAUCUGUGUUGACAACUGGAAUAGGAAGUACCAGUGCAGGGUUAACUGUCACUGCUGUCAAGGACAGUGGGGAGUGGCAGUUAGAGGCAGGUGCUCUAGUGCUGGCAGAUGGGGGACUGUGUUGUAUUGAUGAAUUCAACAGCAUCCGGGAACAUGACAAGGCUAGCAUACAUGAAGCAAUGGAACAGCAGACCAUCAGUGUAGCCAAGGCUGGUAUGGUUUGUAAACUGGACACGAGGACAACUAUUUUAGCAGCCACCAAUCCUAAAGGCCAAUAUGAUCCAGAUCAGAGCCUGAGUGUAAACAUUGCCCUGGCCAGUCCACUGCUGAGCAGAUUUGACCUUGUCCUGGUGCUGCUGGACUCGCAGAACGAAGACUGGGACAGGGUGGUGUCCAGCUUCAUCCUAGAAAAUAAAGACCCAUUAGGAGAGAUUGACCCAAAGACUAUUUGGAGCAUGGAAAAAGUGCAGGCUUACCUCUCUCUCAUAAAAACAAUUGAUCCUCAACUCACAUCAGAUGCUACUAGAGUCCUUGGCCAAUAUUACAAAGCACAAAGAUUAGCAGAUGACCGUAAUGCAGCAAGAACAACUAUGCGUUUACUACAAAGCAUGAUUCGACUCUCACAAGCUCAUGCUAGGUUGAUGUUUAGAGAUGAAGUUACAGUGGAAGAUGCUGUUGUUGCUGUCACACUGAUGGAAUCUACCAUGCAGGGGGCUGCACUGCUAGGAGGUGUCAAUGCACUGCAUACAGCAUUUCCCGAGAGUGCCCUAGAAGAAUACAAAGUUCAAGCUGACCUUGUUCUUAACAGGUUAGAACUACAAGAUCUUUUACAACAGGAAUGUGAGAGAUUGGCAGCUCUUGAGGCAGCAAAAACCACAGAAAUUCAAAAUAAAGUUGUGCCUGAAGAUACAAAUACGUCCACUGUUUGUAGGAAUCCAAGGAUAGAGCAAAACAAACAAAAUUCUGAACCAGAAGAGACACAUUCAACAAAACCGGCUCAGGAAGAAAAUGAUGGACAAGUGUUAAAUGCUGAUAAAGAUCUAGCCUGCAAUAAAGGGGAGGAGAAUAUCUGUGAUAGAUCACUACAGGACUUGUUUAAUGUCAGCACAGCAGACGGUGAUAUUUCUCUAGCAGCAGAGAAUCACCCAAUGACCUCGACCCAGAUACCAUCUGCUGGUUCAGGCGGUGGCACAUGUCAGCCAUUUGAUGUGUCAGAGGUAGGACAUCCAUUGACAAAUAUGAUUUCAACAAUAAAUGUUUCCCCAUCCAGUAUGAGUGUCUCUGCCAAAGCAACAGAGGUAACAGAAAAUGAAGACAAAGAUGAAAAGAAUUUUGGUAAAGAUCUUGAGGGAAACGGUGGUAAAAGUGAAAAACAAGCUGGUAAACUUGUGUAUAGUAAGGCAAAAGAUCAAAACUUAUUGAUAAGAAAACAGAAGAAUAAAAAUUUGAUAAGGAAACUGAAACAGAAAGUUGAUGAACAGAAAGACUGUGCCUUGAAUGAGAACUCUCCACAUGAUGAUAGCAAGAAAGAAAAUUCUCCACUUGAUAGUAGUAAGGAUAUAAAUGCAGAUUUAGACUUGAACAUAGAAGAUGUAACACAGAUUCCACAACAGAAAAAUGGAAAGACUAGAACUUCUAAAUCAAGUGCAGAUAAAUGUUCCCCUCAAACGCCAACAGAAUCAGUUCAAAGGAAGAAAAUCUCUCCAUCAACAUUAACAAAACUCAAGAAAUUCCAGAAAGAAUCGGACACAGAAUGUGUAGAUUCUGACAGAAGCUUAUCAUUUAGUGAAAGUGGUAUUCAACCAUUUAGUAAAAGUGUUGUGGAAAGCGACGUCUCUAAUAUACUUUCUCAAAGUUACGAUGAAAAAUUACGACCACAAUCAAACAUUUUCAAAGUAGAACAAAGGAAUACAGUAACAAAUGAAAAGAAUUCAACAGACAUUCCAAAAUCAUCACAAAAUUGUGAUGGAAAAAGUAUGUUGAGUGGUCCAUCAUGGCUAACCAAAGUGAGUUCAUUCAAGUCCUCAAUUUUUAAGCUUGACAGUGAGGAUACUGAGGAUUUAGAUGAUCUGAACCUUGAAUUCGAUUUUAAUCCAUCAAAGAGAGUCAAAAUAGGUUGAACAAAUAAAUUAUU